UGGCCGACCCUUCAAGACCUGGCCACUGCUUCCCUAGAGGAAGUGAACCAGCUCUGGUCUGGCCUGGGCUAUUAUUCUCGAGGCCGGCGGCUGCAAGAGGGAGCUCAGAAGGUGGUAGAAGAGCUAGGAGGCCAUAUGCCACGAACAGCAGAGACCCUGCAGCAGCUCCUGCCUGGUGUGGGGCGGUACACAGCUGCAGCCAUUGCUUCCAUUGCCUUCGGCCAGGCAACUGGUGUGGUAGAUGGGAAUGUAUUACGGGUGCUGUGCCGUGUCCGAGCCAUUGGUGCUGAUCCCAGCAACACCUUUGUCUCUCAUCAUCUCUGGAGUCUAGCCCAGCAGCUAGUGGAUCCAGCCCAGCCAGGGGAUUUCAGUCAAGCAGCUAUGGAGCUGGGGGCCACAGUGUGUACCCCACAGCAUCCUCUUUGCAGCCAUUGCCCUGUUCAGAGCCUAUGCCAGGCACACCAGAGGGUGGAAUGGGAACAGCUCUCAGCCUCACCCUGUCUGCCAGGCAGUCCUGAUGUAGAGGAAUGUGCUCUCAACAUUGGACAGUGCCAGCUUUGUCUACCUCCCACAAAACCCUGGGAUCCCACUCUGGGAGUGGCCAACUUUCCUCGAAAGGCCAGCCGCAGGCCUCCCAGGGAGGAGUACUCUGCCACUUGUGUUCUGGAACAGCCCAAAGCCGUUGGGGGUGCUCUCAUUCUGCUAGUGCAAAGGCCCAACUCAGGUCUGCUGGCAGGACUGUGGGAGUUCCCAUCUGUGGCCUUGGAGGCCUCAGAACAGCAUCAGCACAAGGCCCUGCUGCAAGAACUGCAGAGUUGGGCUGGACCCCUCCCAGCUACUCAUCUCCAGCACCUUGGAGAGCUUGUCCACACCUUCUCUCACAUCAAACUGACUUACCAAGUCUAUGGCUUGGCCCUGGAAGGCCAGACCCCAGUGACCACUGUACCCCCUGGUGCUCGCUGGCUGACCCGGGAGGAAUUUCACAGCGCAGCUGUCUCCACUGCCACAAAAAAG